AGAGAUGACGCAACGCAUUGACGCUCCACAGUGGGAGCGCUUGCUGGACGUCGGGGGCUGUCCCGGGGUGAAGACUAAACAGAAAAAGGCGGGGAUAGUUUCAUUGUGUAGGCAGCAACCUGAAGAAAACAAACAUACCCGGGAACACGGUGCAGGGCGAGGAGACGGAACGAGGUCGGUAAAUGAAGCUAGCAGACAGUUAGCAUGGACUCUACAGGACAAUAUUCAUAACCUGGAUGAAUUCUUUACAUCUGUGGACACUUCCGGACUACAGGAAUAUUAAUAAGCCAGGAAAGGACGGGGGUUGAGCGUUUAGGACAGCCUACAGCUCGUCUGUGGGACGGGACACUUCUGACUUCAGGACGUCCGUCUGGAAUUAGUUCCCACUGAAGAACAAGAAUGACUUCUCCACAAAAGAAACGGAAAAGAGGAGAGGGACCCAAACGUCACCACUGUCAGCACUGUGACGAAUCCUUCAAAUCAUCUGGAUAUUUAAAGAUUCAUCAGAGAGUUCACACUGGAGAGAAUCUACACAGCUGUGAUCAAUGUGGGGCAGCUUUCACACUACAGUGUUACCUAAAAAUACAUCAAGGCAUUCACACUGGAGAGAAGGUGUACAGCUGUGAUCAAUGUGGGGCAGUUUUCAAACAACAGAGUCACCUAAAAAGCCAUCAACGCAUUCACACUGGAGAGAAGCCGUACAGCUGUGAUCAAUGUAGGGCAGCUUUCACACAACAGAGUAACCUAAAAAGACAUCAACGCAUUCACACUGGAGAGAAGCCGUACCGCUGUGAUCAAUGCCCAGAAGCUUUCGCAGUACAGAGUGCCCUAAAAAGCCAUCAACGCAUUCACACUGGAGAGAAGCCUUACAGCUGUGAUCAAUGUGGGGCAGCUUUCACACAACAGGGUCACCUAAAAAAACAUCAACGUAUUCACACUGGCGAGAAGCCGUAUAGCUGUGAUCAAUGUGGGGCAGCUUUCGCAGUACAGGGUACCCUAAAAAGCCAUCAACGCAUUCACACUGGAGAGAAGCCGUACUGCUGUGAUCAAUGUGGGGCAGCUUUCACACUACAGAGUACCCUAAAAACACAUCAACGCAUUCACACUGGAGAGAAGCCGUACAGCUGUGAACAAUGUGGAAAAACUUUUUAUCACAGUAAUAGCCUUAAAAAACACCAGCUCAUUCACACUGCCUCGUGAACAUGUUGUCAGAGCCAAACUGUGGCUACGACUACAUAUUAC